GCAAUUAGCACAUUAAUUGCAAAACCGUGACAUUCAAAGGAAGCUCAUGUUUGUCUGGCAGCUUUGCAAAUAUUCUCAAAGCCACAAACCUUGCAGUUGGAGUGAUGGAAACAAAUGAGACUUGCACAGAUAUUAAUUCUCACGUGGAAAAGUAUUACCUAACAACAAUGUACUCCAUUGUGUUCAUAGUGGGACUCAUUGGCAAUGUCACUGUGAUAAGUGGUUAUAUCUUCUGCCUAAAGAAGUGGAAGUGCAGUAACAUCUACCUCUUCUCCCUCUCUGUCACAGAUCUCUUUUUUAUUUGCACUCUUCCUAUGUUUGUGAUCCAAUAUGCAAAUGACAGUGAAUGGUACUACGGUGACCUAUGGUGUAAGUUUAAUCGGUACUUCCUCAACUGUAACCUCUACUUGAGUGUCCUCUACUUGACGUGUAUCAGUAUUGAUCGAUAUUUGCUGGUGAAAAGCCCAACAAAUCUCUAUCGGUUCCAGGAAAAGCAGACUGCUGCCAUUAUCUGUUUCCUCUUGUGGAUCUUUGUCACCGUGGAGCUGGUGCCUAUGUUCACCUUCAUUGGUCCCAAGAACAUCACGGACAAUGACGAUAAUGCUGUGGUGUGUGUUGACUAUGCCAGCUCGGGGAAAGCCAGAGACAGCCUGGUUUACAGUUUGUUCCUCACCAUUGUUGAUUUCAUCCUCCCGCUCUGCAUAAUGGCGUAUUGCUCCAUUAAAACAGCCAAGUGUUUAAGGGAAAUCAACGCACAGCGACGCAGGACAAUUAAGCUGAAAAAGCCCCAUCGCCUCGUAAUAUUGGCAGUAGUUAUUUUCUUGGUGCUGUUCACUCCUUAUCAUGUCAUGCGCAAUAUCCGCAUUGCCUCCAGAAUGGGGAGGAAGACUUGCAUUUUCAAGGUGAUAAAAGCUGGCUAUGCAAUCACAAGGCCUAUUGCUUACCUCAGCUCUGCCAUUAACCCCAUUUUCUACUUCAUGCUGGGUGACCGCUUUAGAGAGACCCUACUCAGCAAUUUGCCAUUCUUUGGCCAAAAACUGAUGUCAGAGACUUCAAGCAAGGAUAAAUAUUGAGUUAAGAGCAUGACACUAUCUAGUUAAGAGCCAUUUUAUUCUCAGCCUUCUAUUCUUCUGCAGCACUGCUGAAUCAUAGCUGGAGUAUUUUGAAUGUCAGCAGUUUGAGUCACACGUGUUCUUUAGCCUGAGUUGAACUUUCUUGAAAUUCUCAGUUGCAUCGAAGAGAGGUGUUUGGAAGCUUAAAACUGAUGCUGCAAUAUUUACACACUUAUGGUUGGUAGUGCCAGCUUUAGAGUUCCAGAAUUAGCCACUGGUUAUCCAUUACUCCUGGAUUACUGUCUCUGCAUUGCAUACACCAAGGCAUGGUCCCAGAGUAUGGGCCCUGGAGCCAUUAGUGAGAGUUAGGAAGUCAUCAAGAUUUCAUUGAGGAGGUGAUGGUCUUGUGGUAUGGUGGCCAGAGUAUUAAUUCAGAGACCCAGGUAAUGUUCUGGGAACCUGAGUUCAAAUCUUGCCAUGGCAGAUGGUGGAAUUUAAAUUCAAUGAAGAAUCUGG